UUGACAUUUGUUAUCAUGUGAAACCAAAAUAAAAGUAAUGACAUCAACAAAAUAAAUAAUAAAGAGAAAGAGUUCUAAUUUGUAUACAGUUUUAUGGACAUAACAAUAUUUGUGUCUCGAUAACGCCUAUAAGAAGUAAUGGACGAAUCAGUUGGUGCUCAAUAUGCGAUUCAAAUAGCAGUUCAUACACUAAGGGACAGAUGCAAAAGCUUGCAACAAAGACUGCAACAUCUAGAGGAAGAAAAUGUAAUACUUCGAACCAGAUCUCUCCGAAAAGAGGACACCGAAAUCUCAAUAUCAGAAUUAGAUAAAGUUAGAGUGCAGUUAACUGAAGUAACAGAACAAAAGGACCAAUUAAAUGAACGUGUAAAAAUGGUGACAACCGAGAAUCAAGAGCUGUGGAAUAAACUAGGAAAGUUAAUAAAAGUAAAUAAAAAUUUAAACGAACAAUUUAACAAAAUAAAUGAAACUCUUAACCAACAUACCAGUCCUCCAACAUUAUUAAGAUCCAAAACCUUCACACAAAGUACACCAUUAGUAAAGCACUCUCCACACAAAACAUUGGAAAUCGACGAUAAUAUUAGUAUGGAACUAGAAAACAUAUCUUUAAAACUAACAGACAGCUUUUCCAAACAAAAAAUGGAACUUGAAAAAAUGUGUAUAGACAUCAAUGAUAUGCAAUGCACAGAAAAUGAGAUUAUUACAGAUGAGUUUGGUUUUAAUUUUGAAGAAAAUAUGGAUGAGGGUAUAUGUGAUGAAAUGAACUUAGUAUUAGAUUCGUUAAAACAGCUAAAAGAAGAAGUUUUAAUGCAGAAAGAUGCUUUACUGAAAAGUGUCAAACAAAUGGAAAUGUUAAGGAAACAAAAGUUUUCCUGCAAGAACUGUGAUAAAAGAAAAAACACUAAUGUCGAACAGGCAACGUCCACUGACGACAUCCCUAGACUAAGUGUUGAUACUCAGACUCAAACAACCGUCAAAGAAGAACGCUCACCACCACCGAGGCAACCAAAUAAAAUCGAGAAAAUUUGCCCUGUUUGUAGGCAACAGUUUGAGGACGAAGUGAAAUUUGAAAUUUUUGAAGACCAUGUCAAUAGCCAUUUUCAUCUUGACAAUGUGUUUAUUUCUUCGCCACAUCCAACUUUUUGUGACUAAAGAAGAACUUGCCUUAAUAUCCAAAAAUUUUAUAUGUUUAUACUGAGAUAUAUAUGGGAGAUAUGAAAUAAGUUAAAGGAGCAUGUAUAUAGUUAAAAGUAUAGCAAUAAAUAUAGUUGUACCUAUUAAAA